CGCAGCCGCUGCCGCCCUCUGGGAAACACACGACAGCCGCUCCGCCUGCGAAUAAUGGAUACCUAGCGCGCUUCUCCUGACUACCUGUUGAAUGACUUUGGCCAUGCUCUGCCCGCCGUGAGCCGCUCCUCCCGCUCUGCUGCGUGAGCUCUGCUGCUCUCCACGCCCGCCGCCGCCGCCGACCAUGACCAGCAACAAUGGCCUGCGCACGCAGUUCCCCUACGAGGGCGGCACGCUCAGCCCGCGCCCCGUCUACGACUUCCCUUCGCCGAGCUCCAACUACCCGUCUGGCCUGGGCGCCCCGUCGCCGAGCUUCUUCCCCAUGGCCUACCAGAUCUCCCCCCGGUUCGGCGCCAGCGCCUUCAUUCCUCCGCCAGACGUCUUCGGGGACCGCAGAGACACGGUGCGCGAGAACGGUGGCUACACACCCCGUGACUACAGGAAGAGGAGCUCAGACGCCAUGAACACAGACCCCGUUGCAAUGCACCUGCUGGUCGAGACGGCGAUAGGGGACAGCCAGUACUUCGACAUCUUGACGGUAGAGGAGGUCGAGGCCCUGAAGCAGGAGCAGAAGACGCUCGACACGAAGCUCGGGACAGUGAGGAGAAAGCUGGAGUCCGAGACCAAGAUCCGCGACGCAACACGCUCGCUGACGCGCCUGGCAUCGAAGAAGGACAAGGGGCACCGCAGAGGGCUGAGCAGCAAGGGCAGCAGUGCGGUGCACGACUACGACGAGCAGUCACAUGAGGGGCUGGACGCCAGCAACAAGAAGGUGGAGGAGUUCAUCAGGGAUCUGCUGGAGACUGAGUCGCGGAUGCGCAUGAUUGAUAUGCAGCUCCUCAUGCACACGGCUGCGGUACUGCAGCUGACACAUCGAGGCCCCAAGAAGCGCAACCCCUUUGGCCAGCUGACAGAAAACGGCAUGGGCAGGCCAGACAGCCCAGCCAGCCUUGAAACCUACGAGGUCGGUAGGGCCAAUGGCAUCGACGACGGCGAGGACACUUUCGACGACAGGAGCUUCUAUAGGACACCGGAGAACCUCGAUAGUCUUAUGGCGGCAUUGCAGAAAGGCACACACCACCGCUCGCAGUCUGUUGACCGUCAGGACCAGGCCCUCACGACCAUGAGCAGACGUUUGGACGAACUCAACGAACGCUUGAGAGAGCUCAUCGUGCAAGCCAACCCAGAGCGCAACAAGGGCUAUGCGCUCCCGCCACAGUCAUCCGGACCUCCGCCAGAUGCGUCGAGCAUUGAACGCCAGCUCGACUUCCUCGACAAAGGUCUUCGCGAUACCACCGCUGAGCUGUCGACCAUCCGCAGCAAGACCCGCCACAGCCUGAGUGAGGUGGAAGGACGCCUCGAGGGCAUCAACAAUCAGCUGUACGGCGUGUUGAGCAGAUCGAAGCCUGACAACGACACUGAGCCCAUCCAGCCUCCACCGCCCAUAACGGGAGGCGGUCAGGCUGACCAGUUCAACUACAUGGAGGACUCGCUGUACAACCUCGAGCAGAUUCAAGACUCACUGAACGACCAACUAGGCCAAUUAAGAUCGAGGUCUCUGGACAACGAGGGCGCUGAGAAGGCCGAGAAGUACGAGACUACGCUCAUGGGUCUGUGGCAGAUCAUCCAAGCCGGUGAAGAGGAUGCCCGUGAAAGGAAGCGAGAGCGCCGCCGUGUGCUUGCUGACGAUCCUGAUGCCAGCGAAGAGUUGUCGCCCGACGAGGACUACAACGCUAAUGAGUCUUUCUCCCUGCCCGCCUUCUCGUCCAAGGUCCAAUGGCUGUUCAGCCGCGCCAUGGGCAUGAAGGACAAGCAUUCAGUGCUUUUGCGUCAGAUCAAGCAGCAGCGCGAACUCAACAGCAAGUCGGAUGCCCAGAAGGAAGAGCAGUUCCAGCGCCUCAACGAGCAGAUCUUCAGUGCAAGGUCCGAGAAGAAGACCAUGGAGGAUGAGCUCGAGCGUGCCAUGGACCAGCUCCGUCAAUUCGAUGGGCAGAAGAGCACGGCUGACCCACAAAGCGUGCGAGACGUGCAGGAACGCAAUGCUGGACUCGAGGGCCAGGUCAUCAAUAUGCAAGAACGCCUUGCCACUUUCGACAAGGAGCUCAAAGAAUCGCGAGAGCGAUCCGUCGCUUACGAGAACCAACUCAAGGACGUGCAGGAGAGCGUUGUGACCUAUCAGAAGCAACUGCAGGAAGCCGAGAAGCGUUACGACGAGCUCGAGAAGGAGCACAAGGACAACCAGGAGGUGACGUCGUUGUACAACGUCAAGAGCAGGGAGAUCGACGAUCGCAAUGCUGGCUACGAGGCACAGAUUCGAGAUGCCCAGGAGCGAGCAGUGGCUCUAGAGGGUCAACUGAGGGAAGCUCAAGAAGCUCGGGAUGCCUCUCGUGUUGAAGUGGCAGCACGACAAGGCGAGCUCGCGCAAUCUGCAGCCAAAAUCGAGGAGCUCGUCACCGUGCUGAAAGCCGCGACAGUGGAGAGCGAAGCCGCUUCAGCGCGCUCGUUGGAAGCGACAAACGCACUCAACGCCAAGGAGGAGGAGUACCGCAACUUGGAAGGCGAGAUUGUUCGUCUGACAACCGAGCUCACGUUUGCCAAGGCCGAGCUCGACGGCGCAUAUGGCAGUCGUUCACAGCGAGCCGCAGAGUCCGCCGCCAACCCUGCCAUCAAGAAAGAGCUUGACGACCUCGCUGAGAAGAAUCAGUCUCUCCUCGCCGAGUUGGAAGCCCUUGGCAGACUGCAGGACGUGGCCUCACAGUCUGAGCAAGAGGCUCGCCAGUCAGAACGCAACCUUAAGGCGGAGCUUUCAGGCAUGGCGGCCGAAUACGAGGCACUCACGCGCGACGCUAUCACCAACGAGAGAGAUCGCGAGAUGCUCGAAGCUCAAAUCGAAAAGCUGCGCAGCGACAAGGAGACCUUGGAGCGCGAUCUGAACGACGAAAAGGUCAAGUGGCUUGGUGUUCGUACACCAGGUGCACCAGGGACGCCCGGUGGCGGAUCUGGCCAGCUCGAUAUGGGAGCGACUAGCAUUCGCAUGAUGCGCGAUGAGUUCAGGAAGAUGAUGAGAGACCGCACAGCCGAAGGGCUGAAGGCACUGAGGGCCGAGCAAGAAGAGCGCCGCAAACUCGAAGCCGUCGUGCGCCAGCUGCGCAAAGACGCAUCCCCUGCUCUCCGGCCGACUCUGUCCCGUCAGACUACGCAACAAACACUGCAAGCAUCAUGAUCCACGGCACUCGAUGAUUGAUCGUGGCCUUUGCGCCAUGGCACUUUCCACUUCGCAUUUGUAUUUCUAUAUACCCAUUUGCGCUUGCAUCUAGCGUCGCAUUUUGUAAACGGCACUUGAAGCGUUUGUCGUGUUUGAGCAUGCGAAAAGGGUUUGUCUGCACGGAUGGUGCAUGAGCAUAGAGUAAUGUUAUGGUAUAUGCGUAAUAGAGACUAUUCAAGACAAGAGAAGCGC